AAGCUAAGGAACCCAGCCGGCGUCUCUCGCGAUGGAGGCGGUGACUUCUUCAGAUAGCUACUCAGCUCUGGAAAAUGAGCAUCCUCUAGAGACUCCAGAAUCCAACAAUAGUGUGUAUACUUCCUUCAUGAAGUCUCAUCGAUGCUAUGACCUGAUUCCCACAAGCUCAAAAUUGGUUGUAUUUGAUACUUCCCUUCAGGUGAAGAAAGCUUUCUUUGCUUUGGUGACUAAUGGUGUCCAAGCUGCCCCUUUGUGGGAUAGUAAGAAGCAACGUUUUGUGGGCAUGCUGACCAUCACUGAUUUCAUCAAUAUCCUGCACCGCUACUAUAAAUCCGCCUUGGUACAGAUCUAUGAGCUGGAAGAACACAAGAUAGAAACUUGGAAAGAGGUGUACCUACGGGACUCCUUUAAACCACUUGUCUGCAUUUCUCCUAAUGCCAGCUUGUUUGAUGCUGUCUCUUCAUUAAUUCAAAACAAGAUCCACAGGCUGCCAGUUAUUGACCCAGAAUCAGGCAACACCUUGUACAUCCUCACCCACACGCGCCUCCUCAAAUUCCUCAAGUUGUUUAUCACUGAGUUCCCCAAGCCAGAGUUCAUGUCUAAGUCUCUGGAAGAGCUACAGAUUGGCACCUAUGCCAACAUUGCUAUGGUCCGCACUACUACCCCUGUCUACGUGGCUCUGGGCAUCUUUGUACAGCAUCGAGUCUCAGCCCUGCCAGUGGUGGAUGAGAAAGGGCGUGUGGUGGACAUCUACUCCAAGUUUGAUGUUAUCAAUCUGGCAGCAGAAAAGACCUACAACAACCUAGAUGUGUCAGUGACCAAAGCCCUGCAACAUCGAUCACAUUACUUUGAGGGUGUCCUCAAGUGUUACCCGCAUGCGACUCUGGAAACCAUCAUCAACAGGCUGGUAGAAGCAAAGGUUCACCGACUUGUAGCGGUGGAUGAGAAUGAUGUGGUCAAGGGAACUGUAUCACUGUCUGACAUCUUGCAGGCCCUGGUGCUCACAGGCGGAGAGAAGCCCUGAGCCGGGGGAAGGGGUCAUGCAGCACCAGGGGAUGUGCCCCGCUCACUGCCUGCCCAAAGCUCUGGGAA